GAGGAAGAACGCCAAAUAUUAACGAGCUUUUCCGAGCGCAGGACCUUCAGCCCGGCUCGAGCCUGUGCGCGGCCCCGCGCGGUUAAUUAUUCACCUCUCCCCGGAGCCUUAAACGCCGCCGUUGUCUCUCCGCAGCCCGGCGAUGAUGCUUGCCGGCUCCUCGCGGGCGUUUCGGGGCUCUUCCCGCUGCCCCUCUUAGGGCAGCCGAGCUGCGAGCUGCUCCGGCAAAGCCGGGAGCCCGGCUGGCGGGAUUCGGGACGAGUGAGCCAGGACGGGGCAAAUCCCUCUCCCAGCAGCGGGAGAUGCUCCGAGCUGAUUUGAACCAGCCUCCCGCAGACGCUUCCGAUAUCGCUCUGUGUCUUGGACCUCAAAAUUGGAGGGAUUUCUCGCUUUUUUUAGCGGAGUUAACCUUCAAAACAGGCUUGGGCUGCGGGUGCUUUCGCCUGCAAAGCCUCCUUCGCCCCGCUCGCGGCGGCUUGCGGCUCCGACGCCUCGGGGUGGCCCCGUCGCCGCGGGCCCUGCGAUGUCCCCGUGGGCUUUUCCCGGGACAACGGUUGGGGUCUGGGGUGCGACGGGAAAAGGGUGCCGCAAGCCCUGACCCCCCCCCCCUUUCCCCGCGGGGCACCUGGCCCGUUAGGUGCUGCCCGGGGAUGCGAGCGUCGUAAUUGCUUCCCGCCGCGGCGCAGCCCUUAUCUGCGGUCUUGUCUAUUUAAAUCCGGAUUGCUCCAGGGCUGGCACGCUCCCGCCUCGGCCUUGCGAAACACGUUUCCUCCUUCCCCGGGAUUUCCUCCUUCCCCGAACCGGCCCGUUCGCUCUCCGCUCGUGCCUCGGGGCCGCGAUGCCUCGCUCCCCCGCCGGGACCCGCUCCGGGGUUUUCCCCCGGCCGGCGGGAGCGUUCGCUGCCGGGGCGCCUGCACGCGCCGGUUGUCUGUGUGUCCUUCCCCUCUCCAGGCUGUGACACGGGGCGCCGGGGCUUUUCUUUCCAGGCACAAAGAUGUCCUUUGUGCCGCCGGCAAAUCCCUAAUCCUGCGCCUCUCGGACACGCAGCGGCCUUGAGCCACCGGCUCCCUCCUCGCCACGGCCCCGCUCUGCUCCUGGCCGGCACCCGGGAUUCGGGACAGGGCUGGAGGUGGCGUCUGUGCCUCGGUUUCCCUGAGGGUCCCUGCAGUGCUGCAGGAUUUUGCUCUGGCACCAAGGGGGGAGCCGGAGCUGGACAUGUCUCCCUUGGAGAGGGGGUUGUCUCGGUGCAGCAUGUUUCAGACCUUGUACAGCUAUUUCUGGUGGGAGCGGCUCUGGCUGCCCGCAAACCUCACCUGGGCCGACCUAGAGGACCGCGAUGGGCGAGUCUACGCCAAAGCCUCCGACCUCUACGUCACCAUCCCCUUGGCCUUCCUCUUCCUCGUUGUCCGGCACCUCUUCGAGACAUACGUGGCCACCCCCUUGGCUGGGCUGCUAAACGUCAAGGAGAAGAUCAGGUUAAAAGCCACCCCCAACGCCGUGCUGGAGAAGUUUUACGCGGCCACUACCAAGCAUCCCAAGCAGGCCGAUGUGGAGAUGCUCUCGAAGAAGAGCGGCUGCACGGUGCGGCAGGUGGAGCGCUGGUUUCGCCGCCGGCGCAACCAGGACCGGCCCAGCCUGCUCAAGAAGUUCAGAGAGGCCAGUUGGCGAUUCACGUUUUACCUUAUUGCUUUCAUUGCUGGCAUGGCUGUCAUAGUAGAUAAGCCCUGGUUCUACGACCUCCGGGAGGUGUGGAAGGGAUACCCCAUCCAGAGCAUACUGCCCUCCCAGUACUGGUACUACAUGAUCGAACUCUCCUUCUACUGGUCCCUGCUCUUCAGCAUAGCCUCCGACGUCAAGCGCAAGGACUUCAAAGAGCAAAUCAUCCACCAUGUCGCCACCAUCAUCCUCAUCAGCUUCUCCUGGUUCGCCAACUACGUCCGCGCGGGGACGCUCAUCAUGGCUCUGCACGACUCCGCUGACUACCUGCUGGAGUCCGCCAAGAUGUUCAACUACGCUGGCUGGAGGAACACCUGUAACAACAUCUUCAUCGUCUUUGCUGCUGUCUUCAUCAUCACCCGCCUGGUCAUCCUUCCCUUCUGGAUCAUGCACUGCACGGUGGUUUAUCCGCUGGAUCUCUACCCUGCUUUCUUUGGCUACUACUUCUUCAACUUCAUGAUGGUGGUGCUGCAGUCGCUGCACAUCUUCUGGGCCUACCUCAUCAUCCGCAUGGCCCAGAAGUUCGUAACUGGAAAGGUGGUGGAGGACGAGAGGAGCGACCGCGAAGAGACGGACGACACGGAGGAGGAGGACGAGGUGGUGAAGAACGGGCCCCUCUCCAACGGCCACCCCGUCCUCAACAACAACCACCGCAAAACCGACUGAGCGCCCUCGCCCCGCGGCUGCGCGGCCGGCCCCGGCUGGCAGGGGCGGCCGGGGGCCCGCGGGAGGAGGCCGAGCCCGUGAGAUGUCAAAUCCCACCCUGCCACCGUCACGUAGCGCCGAGGUCCCCGUCCCCUCCCCGCGCGCCCUCCCUCGCCUCCCCUCCCCGGUCCAGCAGAGCAAACCGGGACCCCCGGAGAGCCCAUCUCACCCGCCCGCUCCCCUCCGAGGGGGGCCGCAGCUCUGGGGAGGGCAACGGUCACUGCUUCUCCGUGUCACGCUCACCCUUGGUGCCCUUUCUGCCUUUCACCCACUGCCUUAAUCCGCCGCGGUGCCGGUGCGCCCCGGGGGAGGCGAAGCGGGGCCCGCUGCCCUCCGGCACCCCUCUGGGACGGCUCCUUCCCCUCCCCGCGGCCGAGAGCUCGGCUCGAGUCCCGGGGCGGCCUCGAGCCCUUGGUUAUCCCCCCUUCCCCUCGCCGGAGGGGGAGCCCCGUCCCGCGGCGGGCCUUCGCGCCUCUCCCCGGCGCCAACCCUGCGCCCGAAGGGUUCGGAAAAGCCCCUUCCCUGUUCCGGCUUCGCCGGCGGCGCUGAGCGGGGCGGGAUCGAGGUUUGCCGGGGCGGACAGCUGCCGGCGGAGCGGAGGGCGGGCGGACACGUGGGCCGGCGCAGCCUGGGCUCCACCGCCCUCGGCAAUCCGUGACGGGGGAGCAGAUGAAGUCCUGGGUAUUUUAGUGGUUGAAAUAUUAGACAACACUAUGGAGUACUCGGGGGAAGGAAGCUGUAGCGUUUAGUCACUACUAGCGUCUCGCGGAGGAGUUUAAUCCCCUCGUUUCCUUUUCUGUAAAUGGGUUUCGAUUGCCUUGAGUGUGUCCCUCUCCGUGGCCUCUCCCGGUCCCCUCCCCAGCCGUAACAGGACAACUUUUGCGACUGAUUUUCGUUUCUAUUUAUUUGGAAGAUAGAAGGAGCCAGGCCUGGCUAUGCCUCCCGCAUCCGCCCAUCCGCAGGGCGAAGCUGGACGUAGCGAGACCUCCCAGCGCAGAGGGGUGGGGGGAAAAGGACCAUUAACCAAUGUCAGACCAAAAUGUGUUUUGUUGUUUUUGUUUUUUAAAAAAAAGAGAAAAAGUUAAAUAUAUUAAAAGUUAAAAAAAAAACUAAUAAACUUCGGUAAAAACGG